GGCGUUCGGGAAAAACGCAGUCCGGGGUGCUCUGAUUGGCCUAGGUUCCUUGACGCCACGUACUCGACCUUUAACAGAGCCUAUAGACGAGAAGGAGAGACGGGAAGUAGUUUGCUGCCCCGCCCGGAAAGGGUGGAGCACAACGUCGAAAGCAGCCAAUGGGAGGCCAGGAGGUGGGGCGCCUGUGGGAGCCUUGAAGGGAACUUUCCCAGUCCCCGAGGCGGAUCGGUUGUUGCAUCCAUGGAGCGAGCUGAGGGCUCGAGUACAGAACCUGCUAAAGCCAUCAGACCUAUCGAUCGGAAGUCAGUCCACCAGAUUUGCUCUGGACAGGUGGUACUGAGUCUAAGCACUGCAGUGAAGGAGUUAGUAGAAAACAGUCUGGAUGCUGGUGCCACUAAUAUUGAUCUAAAGCUUAAGGACUAUGGAGUGGAUCUCAUUGAAGUUUCAGACAAUGGAUGUGGGGUAGAAGAAGAAAACUUUGAAGGCUUAACUCUGAAACAUUACACAUCGAAGAUUCAGGACUUUGCUGACCUAACUCAGGUUGAAACUUUUGGCUUUCGGGGGGAAGCUCUGAGCUCACUUUGUGCACUGAGCGAUGUCACCAUUUCUACCUGCCAUGUAUCGGUGAAGGUUGGGACUCGACUGGUGUUUGAUCACAACGGGAAAAUCAUCCAGAAAACCCCCUAUCCCCGCCCCAGAGGGACCACAGUCAGCGUGCAGCAGUUAUUUUAUACAUUACCUGUGCGCCAUAAGGAAUUUCAAAGGAAUAUAAAGAAGGAGUAUGCCAAAAUGGUCCAGGUCUUACAUGCCUACUGUAUAAUUUCAGCAGGCAUCCGUAUCAGUUGCACAAAUCAGCUUGGACAAGGAAAACGACAGCCUGUGGUAUGCACAGGUGGAAGCCCCAGCAUAAAGGAAAAUAUCGGCUCUGUGUUUGGGCAGAAGCAGUUGCAAAGCCUCAUUCCUUUUGUUCAGCUGCCCCCUAGUGACUCUGUGUGUGAAGAGUACGGUUUGAGCUGUUCGGAUUCUCUGCAUAAUCUGUUUUACAUCUCAGGUUUCAUUUCACAAUGCGCACAUGGAGUUGGAAGGAGUUCAACAGACCGACAGUUUUUCUUUAUCAAUCGGCGGCCUUGUGACCCAGCAAAGGUCUCCAGACUUGUGAAUGAGGUCUACCACAUGUAUAAUCGAAAUCAGUAUCCAUUUGUUGUUCUUAACAUUUCUGUUGAUGCAGAAUGUGUUGAUAUCAAUGUUACUCCAGAUAAAAGGCAAAUUUUACUACAAGAGGAAAAGCUUUUGUUGGCAGUUUUAAAGACCUCUUUGGUAGGAAUGUUUGAUAGUGAUGUCAACAAACUGAAUGUCAGUCAGCAGCCACUGUUGGAUAUUGGAGGUAACUUAAUGAAAAUGCAUGCUGUGGAUUUGGAAAAGCCCCUGCCAGAACAGCAGGAUAAUUCCCCUUCAUCAAGGACUCGAGAAGAAAAACGGGACAUGUCCAUUUCCAGACUGCGAGAGGCUUUUUCUCUUCACCACACAGCAGAGAACAAGUCUCACAGCCUGAAGACUCCAGAACCAAGAAGGAGCUCUCCAGGGCAGAAAAGGGGUAUGCCAUCUUUUAGCACUUCAGAUGCCAUCUCUGACAGAGGCUUCCUGGGACCUCAGAAAGAGGCAGCGAGUUCCAGUGAGGGACCCAGUGACCCUGCAGAUAGAGCGGAGGUGGAGAAAGACUCUGGGCAUGGCAGCACUUCCGUGGAUUCAGAGGGGUUCAGCAUCCCAGACACAGGCAGUUACCACAGCAGCGAGUGUGUGGCCAGCUCCCCGGAGGACAGGGGCUCACAGGAGUCUGUGGACUCUCGUGAGAAAGUGCCUGAAACUGACAACCCUUUUUCAGAUGUGGACUGCCGUUUAAACCAGGAAGAUACUGGAUGUAAAUUUAGAGUUUUGCCUCAGCCACCUAAUCUUGCAUCCCCAAACACAAAGCGCUUUAAAAAAGAAGAAAUUCUUUCAAAUUCUGACAUUUGUCUAAAGUUAGUAAAUACUCAGAUCGUGUCAGCCUCUCAGGUUGAUAUAGCUGUUAAAAUUGAUAAGAAAGUUGUGCCUCUGGACUUUUCUAUGAGUUCUUUAACUAAACGAAUAAAGCAGUUUCAUCAUAAAGCAAAGCAAAGUGAAGGUGAACAGAAUUACAGGAAGUUUAGGGCAAAGAUUUGCCCUGGAGAAAAUCAAGCAGCUGAAGAUGAACUAAGAAAAGAGAUAAGUAAAUCUAUGUUUGCAGAAAUGGAAAUCAUUGGCCAGUUUAACCUGGGAUUUAUUAUAACCAAACUGAAUGAGGAUAUCUUCAUAGUGGACCAGCAUGCUACAGAUGAGAAAUACAACUUUGAGAUGCUGCAGCAGCACACCAUGCUCCAAGGACAGAGGCUUAUAGCACCUCAGACUCUCAACUUAACUGCUGUUAACGAAACUAUUCUGAUAGAAAAUCUGGAAAUAUUUAGAAAGAAUGGCUUUGAUUUUGUUAUCGAUGAAAGUGCUCCAGUCACUCAAAGGGCUAAACUGAUUUCCUUGCCAACUAGUAAAAACUGGACAUUUGGACCCCAGGACAUAGAUGAGCUGAUCUUUAUGCUCAGUGACAGCCCUGGGGUCAUGUGCCGGCCUUCCCGGGUCAAGCAGAUGUUUGCCUCCAGAGCCUGUCGAAAAUCUGUGAUGAUUGGGACUGCUCUUAAUCCAAGCGAGAUGAAGAAACUGAUCACCCACAUGGGGGAGAUGGACCACCCCUGGAACUGUCCCCAUGGAAGGCCAACCAUGAGACACAUAGCCAACCUGGGUGUCAUUUCUCAGAACUGACAUUAGUCAUUGGAUGGAAUUAUCAGUUUUAUUGCAGAUUUUUAUGUUUUGAAAGACAGGGUCUUAACUAACCUUUUAUGUUUUAGAAUGAAUCUGCUACUUAAAAAAAUACACAUCAGACCCACUUAAAAGUGAUCUUGAGAACCUUUUCAAACC